AUCGAUCUCAAAGGAGUCUGUAGAAUGAGAUCAAUCCAAAACCCUUGAAAAUCUCCUCUUUUUCUCUCUCUAUCUCCCUUUCUCGGCUGUCAUCAUCAGGAGAUUUGUCAAUCCAAUCCAAUCACAUCUAUUUUUUUAUUUUUUAUUUUCUCUUGUUGCCAUCGUAGUUCAUUCUCUUCAAGCAUACAGAAUUGAAGUGGGUAUCGAUAGAUACAUUCCGGUCUUGCGAAGAUGAGCAGCGGCGGUUCUAGGGUUCCGAUUCCAAGCAGUGUUCGCAAGACGAUCCAGCACAUCAAGGAGAUCACGGGGAAUCACAGUGAAGAUGAUAUUUACACAAUGCUCAAGGAGUGUGCUAUGGAUCCCAAUGAAACCACUCAGAAGCUUCUUUUCCAAGAUACUUUCCAUGAGGUCAAGAGGAAGCGUGAUAAGAAAAAAGAGAAUGUAAACAACAAAGAAUCUGGAGAUUCGAGGUGGAGACCACCUGGAAUACAAGGACGAGGGAGUAGGAGGGGAAACUAUUCUUCUCGUCAAUUAGCUCAUGAUGCUGUUAGUGGAAGAAAUGCUCCUAUGGGAAAGGAAAAUGGAACUGAUCCCUUGGGAGAAAAGAGUGUUGGGCUCUCAGCCUUGCCCAUCUCUCAGUCAAAAAAUAAAGAUGCAGUGACUGUAACAAGUUCUGUUACGGUUGUAAGCAGCCCAACAGGUGAGGCUAUUGGGGUUACAAAAACUGAAAAUGGACCAGCUGUUGAUAUGGACAACCUGGUCUGUCCUCCUAUAAAAGUUCCUCCAAUGGAUAUGAAGCAAAAUUCCAGCAGUGCUGAGGCAAGUCAUGAACUGCCGGGACUAGAAAAGAUCAACAAUUCGACUCCUAGAAAUCAAGCAUCUGGAGUCUAUUUCUCUGCUUCUGACCCUGUUUUGGUGCCAUCUCAAGACUCGAGACUUCCUGGUUCUGCUGGUGCAAUUAAGCGUGAGGUGGGAAGUCAGCGAACUCCUGUUGAACAUAUUUCAUCUUCUCAAGAGAACAAGACAACUACUGAAACUUCUGAAGUUGGGAGCUCCUCCAUGCCUAGGAAGAUGCCGUCCAAGUCCCAGGGGAUGAUAAAGAAUCAAGAGUCUGCUCAACUUGUGCAGCCUCGGACCAGUCUUACUGUUCACAGACCUUCAUCUAACUAUAACAGUAGGUCACAACAAUCAACUGGUCUUUCUAAGGCUCUCCCAGCUAAAGAGUGGAAGCCUAAGUCUGCAAAUCCUAACCCAAUUCAAGAGUCUGGAGGAACUGCUAUUCCGGAGGUUCAUUCUACUGUAGAGCAUGACACUCAGGCUAGUGCAGCUUGUCACAUUCUUGAUUCAAAGGAACCAGCUUCAGAUGUGCAGAUGAAGUUAGCCGAUUUGAACUUCCAGCAGGGUCCGCAUGUUAUCAUCCCCAAUCAUCUUCAUAUUCCUGAAGAUGUUAAACUUGAUUUUGUGUUUGGGAGUUUUGAUGUUAGUCAUGGAAUAAAAACCGGCUAUGAUGAUGGACCCGAGAAUGACAGGAAUCAUUUACCCAGUUCUGUUACUUCUGAUACUGUUGAAGAGACGAUAGAACAACCCUUGAGUCAUCAUAAUGCACUGGAGGCUGCUUCCCAGGAAAGAGACUAUCCAGAUCAACCACAUUCACCUGAACAGCAGGUGCAAGAAGGCUCCUCAUCUGGGGAGAUUGAUGCCCCAUCUAAUGCAGCAACCCCAGAGUAUAAAGAGUCUGACCAAGAAGUCUUCUUGCCUCCAACAAGUCAUCCAUACCCCUUAAUUCAUACUUCAUCUAACUACAAUCUUGGUUUCAUACCAACUGUGGUUGCUAAUCAGCUUCCUCCAUUCGACAGUUCUGAAUCUCAGGGACGAGAUGUUCCUCGCAUGCCAAGUUUUGUAGUACCACAACCAUUUGAUCCAAACGGCUAUUAUGGGCAGUUUUUUCGGGCUGGUGUGGACUCGGAUGGCCGUAUUUCACCUGGAGCAGCAUCAAAGUACAAUGGAAAUGUCACAGUUAUGAAUUCUCAAUCUUCUGUCGAGGGAGGGAAUUCUGGUGUUUUAUCAACAACAGGCCCAUCUCCUCAACAAAACUCAUUAUCUGCGACUCAGCAACCACUUCCAGUCUAUCGACAACCAGCUGGGAUGCAUAUAACCCAUUACCCAUCGAAUUACAUCCCUUAUGCACCAUACUAUCCUCCAUUUUACGUUCCUCCUACAGCUUUGCAUCAGUUUUUGGGCAACAAUGUAUUCCCCCAGCAACCUCAGGUUGGAAACAUAUAUCGGGGGACUCCUCCUCCUGGGACAGCCAACAAAUAUCCAUUUUCUCAGUAUAAGCCAGGAACUGGUCCAGGGAACUCCAACAAUCAUGGUGGAGGAGUUCCUGGAAGUUUUGGAUCAUACGGGUCCUCACCAGUUGGAUUUAACCCCAGUUCUGGUUCCACAGCUGCAAACUCUACUGCUGGCGGAGACUUCACUGCACAACAGUACAAGGAAAAUAAUGUUUAUAUCUCCGGUCAACAGACAGAAGGUUCGACAUUGUGGUUUGCUGCACCUGGGCGUGAUAUUUCUGGCAUGCACCCAAGUUCAUUCUAUAAUAUCCCUCCACAUCCUCAUGCUCAAGUGAGUCUAACCACCCCAACUCAGUCUGGGCAUGGCACAUAUACUGGCAUUUAUCAUCCUCAAGCAGUUACAUCACCAAUUGUUCUUCCUAUUCUGCCACAUUCCCAGUCCAUGGCUGCCGGAGUUGAUAUGGUGGCUGCUUCAACUACAGGCGUCUAUCAUCAGCCUCAACAUUCACAAACAAAUUGGCCAAGUAACUGCUGAAGGAAUUUCUCUCUUUCUUUUUAUAUAUACAUAUUAUAUUUUUAGCCAGCAGCAGCAGAGGAGUUCUGAUUAUAUCAUCAUUACAAUAACAAUGUUGAGUGUGAUUAGAACUUCACAAAGGUAAAUUUAUUGGGAAAGAAUGAUUUAUGUUCAUAAAAAAGGUGUGAUGGAAGAAGGAUGGGCAUUGUUAAAGGGGCUGAUCUUCUUUCUUGAUGCUGCUAUACAUGGUCUGACUGUUAUGUCUCCUUUCUUCCUUCCUAAAUACAAAUCCGUCUGCAGUUUCAGAGUUUUUAAGUUUGAGCAUUAUUCUCAUUUUGCCUUCCGACGAUUUCCUCUCAUUUCAUCUACAAUUUAGGUGAUUUUAUUGUAGGAAGGUGGUUAGGGUUUUCAUGGGUGUCGCCUGUUUGCCCCAGUUUUGUCUUGAAUCUCUUGUUGCAGUUUUACCUGUAAAGUGAUUUUUUAUAGCCAAGGAGGAGAGGAAUGUAAUAGUUAUUCACUGUUGUAGUUUUAUCAAGGAAAGAAAGCUUAAAUUUUCCACUUUAA